AUGGACCACACACGCCCUGAUAAAAAAAUCGAUAUUCUUGUUGUAAAUCAAUAUCCAAGUAAUACCGGUAUUUUCCAUAGCAAAGGGCAUGGCGUAUUUGAUAAACAAACAAACUACCUAGACGGUGUUUCUCCUGAGUCCUUAGCAUUCGCAGAUUUAAACAAUAAUAAUCAUAAUAAUAAACUCGAUAUAAUCGCUGCAAAUACGAAUUCCGAUCAUAUCGGAAUGUUACUCGACGAUUAUGCUUAG